CGGCGCUGCCCCCGCCCCUCGGCGCUGGCGGCCGGGACGAGCGGCGGCGGGGUCACGGCGGCGGCCGGGUCAGAGGGUAAAGGUUGCUCCCCCAGCAUCCUCCGUGCUGGAUACUCAGCCAUCUUGGAUUCGCGGGACAAGAAAAUUCAUGCGGUGACAAACAGCAUGUUUGGUGCUUCAAGGAAGAAGUUUGUAGAGGGGGUUGAUGGUGACUACCAUGAUGAGAACAUGUACUACAGCCAAUCAUCGAUGUUCCCACAUCGGUCAGAAAAAGAUGUAGAGUUGCAGAAGUGGAUCUUAGAAUGGCACUUCAGGAGAAGGAAGAUGCUGGCAUCACCAUCAACAUCAGGUCAGCUGUCUCAGUUUGGGGCAAGUUUAUACGGGCAACAAAGUGCACUAGGCCUUCCAAUGAGGGGAAUGAGCAACAAUACCCCUCAGUUAAAUCGCAGCUUAUCACAAGGCACUCAGUUACCGAGCCACGUAACGCCAACAACAGGGGUACCAACAAUGUCACUUCACACGCCUCCAUCUCCGAGCAGGGGGAUAUUGCCUAUGAAUCCUAGGAAUAUGAUGAACCACUCCCAGGUUGGUCAGGGCAUUGGAAUUCCCAGCAGGACAAACAGCAUGAGCAGUUCAGGGUUAGGCAGCCCUAACAGAAGCUCUCCAAGCAUAAUAUGUAUGCCAAAGCAGCAACCCUCUCGACAACCUUUUACUGUGAACAGUAUGUCUGGAUUUGGGAUGAACAGAAAUCAGGCAUUUGGAAUGAAUAACUCCUUAUCAAGUAACAUUUUUAAUGGAACGGUUCAACUUUCUAACAAUUUUCAGAUGUUCCAUAGAAACGCUGCUCCAAAAGCAGUGCUAGAUGGAAGUGAAAAUGUGACAGGACUGGACCUCUCAGAUUUUCCAGCACUAGCAGACAGAAACAGAAGGGAAGGAAGUGGCAAUCCAACUCCAUUGAUAAACCCUUUAGCUGGAAGGGCACCCUAUGUUGGGAUGGUAACAAAACCAGCAAGUGAGCAGUCCCAGGACUUUUCAAUACACAAUGAAGAUUUUCCAGCAUUACCAGGCUCCAGCUACAAAGAUCCAACAUCGAGUAAUGAUGACAAUAAAUCUAAUUUGAGUACAUCAGGCAAAACAUCAUCCAGCACAGAUGGGCCCAAGUUUCCUGGAGAUAAAAGUUCCACUACGCAAAACAACAACCAGCAGAAAAAAGGGAUCCAGGUGUUACCUGAUGGUCGGGUUACCAACAUUCCUCAAGGGAUGGUGACAGACCAGUUUGGAAUGAUUGGCUUGUUAACAUUCAUCAGGGCAGCAGAGACAGAUCCAGGAAUGGUACAUCUUGCAUUAGGAAGUGAUUUAACAACACUAGGUCUCAAUCUCAACUCUCCUGAAAAUCUUUAUCCCAAAUUUGCAUCGCCAUGGGCAUCAUCACCUUGUCGACCUCAAGACAUAGACUUCCAUGUUCCAUCUGAAUACUUAACUAACAUUCACAUUAGGGAUAAGCUGGCUGCAAUAAAACUUGGCCGAUAUGGAGAAGAUCUCCUGUUUUAUCUGUAUUACAUGAAUGGAGGAGAUGUAUUACAGCUAUUAGCAGCAGUAGAGCUAUUUAACCGGGAUUGGAGAUACCACAAAGAAGAACGAGUAUGGAUCACCAGGGCACCCGGCAUGGAGCCAACAAUGAAAACCAAUACGUACGAGAGGGGAACAUAUUACUUCUUUGACUGUCUUAACUGGAGGAAAGUAGCUAAGGAGUUCCACCUGGAAUAUGACAAAUUAGAAGAAAGGCCUCAUCUGCCAUCAACCUUCAACUACAACCCUGCUCAGCAAGCCUUCUAAAGACUUCCCUUUUCUUGGGGUAUGGCUGUCUCAGCACAAUACUCAACAUAACUGCAGAACUGAUGUGGCUCAGGCAUCCUGGUUUUAAUUCCUUGAGGAUCUGGCAAUUGGCUCAUGCGAAGGGUCACCAUUUGAGGUCCUGCCUUACUAAUUAUGUGCUGCCCAACAACUAAAUUUGUAAUUGUUUUUCUUUAGUUUGAGCAGGGUCUGAAUUUUUGUUUCUGUUUUCUUUUUUGCCAGCAGACAAGCUUGGGUCUGUAAAGACAAGCGAGUACACUGACAAAAGUUUACCACUUAGUUUUCCAAAAUGUAAAAACAAAAAAAAAGAAAAAAGACAAAAAAUUAGACAACAAAAUUUGCAUUGUUCAUUGUAGCACUAUUGGUAAUAAAAAAUGUUUGUGCAUUUUUAUGUGAAGAUCCUUCUCGUAUUUCAUUUGGAAAGAUGAGCAAGGUUUGCUUCCUUCAUUUUACUUCCCCUUCUGUCUUUGAAAGGCAGUUUUCGCCAAGCUUAAUGCAAGAAUAUCUGACUGUUUAGAAGAAAGAUAUUGCCACAGUCUCUGGUUAGUUUCCAGGGUUGUGUAUUACUGAGCUUCAUCUUUCCAGAAUGAGCAAAACACUGUCCAGUCUUUGUUACGAUUUUGUAAUAAAUGUGUACAUUUUUUUUAAAUUUUUGGACAUCACAUGAAUAAAGGUAUGUAUGUACGAAUGUGUAUAUAUUAUAUAUAUGACAUCUAUUUUGGAAAAUGUUUGCCCUGCUGUACCUCAUUUUUAGGAGGUGUGCAUGGAUGCAAUAUAUGAAAACGGGACAUUCUGGAACUGCUGGUCAGGGGACUACUUUGUCGCCCUGUGCACUAAAGGGCCAGAUUUUCAGCAGCCAAGGACAUCCAUACCCAAGUGAAUGUGAUGGGACUUAAAGAAGUGAACUGAGACAAUUCACUCUGGCUGUUUGAACAGCAGCGUUUCAUAGGAAGAGAAAAAAAAAGAUCAAUCUUGUAUUUUCUGACCACAUAAAGGCUUCUUCUCUUUGUAAUAAAGUAGAAAAGCUCUCCUCA